GUAUUUUGGAGGAAAUGAACUACGGAAAGCAACAAUUUUGUGAGUUUGUGUUUUUCUAAAUUGCCGCAGUCAAAUGCGCAGAUUUUGGUCGCCGUGGAUUAGUCGGGAUAAUUACUGCCGUCGUCGCCGUGGAGUCCUGCCGUGGUGUUCCAUCGGGAACUGGUAGUGAAGAAUGUGAUUCAACUAAACUCAACGUAGAGAUUGUGCGAAUAUUUUUUUCUUCGGUGGAAGGUGAUUACCUAAAUUAUAAUAGUGUGGAAAUUUCCCUCCCUUAUGAAGUGGAGCAUUAUACGCAGCCAUAUAAUAGUGGUGCGUAAAGAAUUUGAAUACUGUGGAAUUUGAUUUAUGGGAAUUAUUUCUUGGAAGUGCAACAGAGAAAUACUUAGGGCUACUGUUAAAAUUGACGAGCCUUCUGGAAGUGAUUGUGUUUUGAUGCUGACCCCGAAUCGUUAGCAACAUUAAGAGCAGCACCAAAGUGAAGUAGUUGGUAGCCAACCUCGAAGGUCAUUCAAGAAAAUAUUGCUUCGUAAAGUGUCCCUUGUAGCAUAUACACAUCAGUGAUCUGAAGUGUUGGGUAAAUGUUUAGAAGAUCUGCAUAUAGUGUGAUUCAGAAGGAAACCACCAAAAAUAUAUACAUCACGGAAGGUGCAUAAGCAAGAAGCUAUCUCCUUUCCAAAGUGCAGUGUCGAAUGAAAACAGGCUUUGCGACUGUAUGUAAAUAGUUGUAUGUGUGAAGCAGUACCAAUAUUAUCGAUGCAAACGAGAGUGAGAAGUAAAAUUUUGUAAGGAUUUCGUAAUACAAAUAUACCCCAGUACCGUGGAGAUUUAUUUUCGUGGCCUUUGAACGACCAUUAUCAGAGUGUGUUGUGCGGGUUGUUUCUUUGUGGCAUCCAGAAGUCGGGAAAUCUUGCGCGGAAUAUAAACGCAUAUUCGGGAAUCUCCUGGAGGGACUAUCCAACUCUACCAUAAUUGGAUUGAAGCAUCGCCAAUACAGAAGCGCAACAACGAGACAAAAAUGACGAGGGCUACGACAGUCAAACCAAAACCAGAAAAAGAGAAACGAAGGAAUAACGAGAAACGCAAAGAAAAAUCUCGUGAUGCCGCCCGUUGUCGCCGCUCCCGGGAGACAGAAAUAUUCCAGGAUUUGGCGAGUCUCCUUCCGAUGCGCCAAGAGGAUGUCGAUCAUCUGGACAAGGCAUCAGUUAUGCGCCUAUCGAUAGCGUAUCUUAAAGUUCGCGAUAUGCUCGGGCUGUUUCCUACGACGAACAAAACGAUACGGAGCAUAACCGGUGAUGGAAAUGGUACCGAUGAUGACACUGAAAUGGAGGAAGAUUCCAAGCUUUCAUUGAAUGAGCUGGCUUUGGAAAAUGAAAAGCUAGCCCUCCUCUCUUUGGAUGGUUUCUUGCUGGUGCUUUCGGCCGAUGGAGAUAUUACCUACAUUUCGGAAAAUGUUGGCGAUUAUCUCGGGCUUUCACAGAUCGAUAUGAUGGGACAACCGAUCUGGGACUAUAGCCACCAGUGUGACCACGACGAGCUAAGAGAAGCUCUCAACGGUCGUCAUCAUAGUCCGUCGGAGCUGGUGAAGGGUGUAGCUAACAGCGACUGCAAACCGAUGGAAAAUCGUGACUUUUUCCUUCGGCUCAAAUGCACCCUGACCAGCCGUGGUCGAAGCGUUAAUAUCAAGAGUGCUUCGUACAAAGUGAUUCAUGUCACUGGGCACAUUGCGUGCAAGGAGAACGGCCAACGGCAGCUGGUGGCUGUGGCACGUCCGUUGCCACAUCCGUCCAACAUUGAGGUGCCGUUGGACUCGAGCACGUUCCUCAGCAAGCACUCAUUGGAUAUGAAGUUCAGCUAUGUGGAUGACAAGAUGUAUGCCCUUUUGGGGUACAGCCCAGCUGAUUUGAUGGGUAAAUCGUUGUACGAGUGUCAUCAUGGCAUCGAUACGGAUCACCUGAUGGGAACCUUCAAGAAUGUUAUCAGCAAAGGCCAAAGCGAAACGGCCCGGUACCGGUUUCUGGCCCGUACCGGCGGUUACGCCUGGGUAGUGACGCAGGCUACGCUUAUCUACGAUAAGCAGAAGCCUCACAGCAUCGUUUGCGUCAACUACGUCAUAAGUGGAGUGGAGCACAAAAAUGAAAUUUACUCGUGCGCCCAGCUGGAAGCAUGCUCGCAGAAGUCUACAGCAGUCGAAGAAUCAGCAGUUGAAGCAGUCAAUAAUAGCAGUGCCGCUACAACAGUGAAGACAAGUGAUAGAGUGCUCAAAGAGAAUAUUAACAUCAGUAACAACAACGACAACAUUAACGAUAUAAAGAGGAAACUUGCACCGGAGAAAGAAGUCGGUAAGGUGGUUAAGGUGAUCCGUAAAGGACCGACUCCAAUCAGUGCUAAUUGUAGUGUCGGUGGCAGUGUAAUACGUCCGGUAUCCGUGACGGCAUCCAUAUUCACCAGUGUUACCAAGAAACCAAUUGCAGUAGCAGAAGAAGCAGCAGCAGCACCACCAGCGGUGAUAGUGGUGGAAGAGAAACCACCCGAACGCAAGGUACCGCAGUCGGUGACGGCGAAGCUGUUCGUCAAACCUAAACACGCAACUGACAAGAUAUUCGCCCCUCGCACGGAAGAUAUGAACAAAGGAUUCUUGAUGUUCUCGGAGGAGGAGCCAGGAUUGACAAUGCUUAAAGAUGAACCGGACGAUCUAACCCAUCUGGCUCCGACGGCUGGCGACGCGUGUAUUCCGCUGGAAGAAGGUGGUCCAUUCUUCAAUGAUGUGUUCGACGAUUUCAUGAUUCCCGACAAUUACACAUCGCUGCUUCAGGAUGAUCUUAGCUCCCUGGACAGUACCGACCACCAGCUCCGUUCCAAUUCCAGCAUAUCGGUCGCGUCCCCAAUCACCAUCAAUGAUUCGACCGUGGCAACCGUCGGAUCGCUCUCAAACGCCAUCAUGUCCCAGCACAUCCAUCACAGCCCCAACAGCAACAGUAGCCAUUCAUCCGCGUCAUCGUCUCCAUCGUCAUCGUCAGCUUCGAUAUCAGCUGUUCCGUCGUCGUCUUCGCCAAGCUCAGUGUCGAAUCUGUCCUCCCUUUCAUCGGUAACGUCGGGUAUUGGAUCGGCGGGCUCGUCGAUCGUGUCACAUAAUGGCAACGUUUGUACGACCGGUGGCCUCAACUCGGUACAGACAACGAUUGUUUCCGGACCGAGUAAUGAUCCCUUCAUCAACUACCGCGAUGAAAUCACCGAGAUCAACCACUCACCGCAGCAUUUACUGUCGCCCGGUCUGUCCAAGAGCCCCGAAGGAAGCAGUAUACCGUCACUGUGUAGCCCGAACGGAUCGGGCUGUCCGGAGGAUGAGCUUGCAUUUAUGACCCUCAAUAUGGAUGACGACGAUUUGACAAUGUCGAUGCGCGCCCCUUACAUAUCGAUGAGCGAAGUGGACGACCUUCCGCUUCUUACAUCCGACGAUCUAAUGUGGGGUGCCCCGGCUGUGUCCGUCGAUAGCGCAACAGCGGCCGCCAUGGCAGCCGCCGCCGGUAAAUAUUUGGUAAAAGAAGAAUACACUCCCACCCAACCCCAACAGCCACUGUCACCGCAAACAAACGCCACUACCACCUCCGUCUCGACCGUCAAAUCAGCAUCGCCGUCGGUCACGGUCACCGCACGGAUCGCGGACCUUACCAACGGCACCAACAGCAAUAAUAACGAGAACAAUUGCAAUAUCGGCAACAAAACUAUCGAUUCCAGCCUGGCGGCACUGCUCUGCGGAGGUAAUGUGAUCAACAUUCAGCUGCAGCAACAGCAGCAAUCACAAAACGGUAACCGACACGUUUUGGUCCAUCAUCAGCAGCAGCCACAGCACCAUCAGGUGAUAACGGCUGCCGCAGUCCAAACCGAAACCGACAAACGGGUGAAACUAAUUGAUUCGUCGAAUUUGCUGCACCCGAUGGUUGUGAUUACGCCCAACUUCAAUAAGAACAGUAACACGAUCGAGGCCUGGUCCAUGAACGAUCUGCUACAACUGAACGGUACAGCGAACACAACCACAAGUGGAACCACAGCAGCACCGGCGCAAACGUUGAAUGUAAUCGCAUCGAUUGUCUCCAAGAAAAAUACCGUCGCCAGCACUAAUUCCUCCAGCGUCACCUCCCACAAGCGGGCCCUCGUGGAAACUGCCGACGGAAGCAGCAAACGCGUCAAACCGAAUCCCACUACCGUUACCGUAAACCAGCAGCAAUCUCCCACGUCCUCGCCUCAGCUGCUACAGCAACUGAUGGCACCGUCUCCAGUGCCGGCUAAGGCCAAAGCCAAGUCCAAGUCGUUGCUGGACCAAUCGGAACAGCACCGAUGGUCCACCGGCAAGGUUAAUGGCCUGCAGGACCAAGCAUCCAACUCAGUUCUCAUGAACCUACUCGUCAGCGGAUGCGACACGAACAUUCCUAACCCAUCGGAUACAUUGAUCGCAGAGGACCAGACGAUGUAUGAUCUGAAUGAAUUAACCGACGACGAGGACGAUGACCGUACUCCCAUUUUGGCAAAUCCAAUGCUCGGAAGCACCACGACCACCGCGGCUGCACCCACCCGUCAGCUGACCAUCCAAACCGAAGACAUCUCUCCGAAGGGCGGUGAGGACUUCAUGAUGACCGUUUCGCCCAGUUUAUUAACCCCGUCGGACCUGGAGAUCUGGCGUGCCAUAAAGCAAGGUUUGGACCCGAAAAAGAUACCGCAGAACUACGGGCUGUCCGUGGCCGCUGGCUAUGGCGAUCGUUAUCCGAAGUCGAUGGCCACCACGCCGACCGCGCAGUUGGGAAUGAUGCAGGAUGAUCCGCAUAGCGGUGUCGAUUGCGAAACCGGAAGCAAUCUGCUGUCGGUGCUGGAUCCGGCAAUGGCCAUCAGCGGCUUGCGGACCGAUGAGGACGACGAGAGCGACAAUACCCAGCUUGCACCGGGUCAAGAGGACUAUGAAAUGACUAUCCCGGUCAACGAGAUUUUACAAAAUAACCUCAUCUGAUUAUGUGCUAUGUUUUAAGGUAAUUGCUUGAUAGGUUUAGUAUGAUUCACAUUUCAUAUGGAACCAAUUUUUAUAAGUUGAUAAAAAUAUUCAUUUUAGUUUGAAAUUCUCGAAAAUUAGCGAUUUUAGUUUUGGCACUUGAACAAAACGAGUACUUUUCUCGAUCUUUUUAGACAACUCUAAAGCAUCUAACAGACAUGUGUAGAACCACAGACAGUAAAAAUUAUAACGCUCAGGUAGUACCUACAUACAAAAAAAACAAAGGAAAUUUUUCUAUAAAUUUUUACAGCAAAACAAAAAUGUGAAAGUAAAAAAGCGUCAGCGUGAUAGGUAUGAAGCAACCAAAAGGUCGAGUUUAGUCUUAGAGAAGUAAAUUGUUAAUAACUAUAAUCUUUCUAAUGAGUAGUUUUUUGUAUUUUUUUUAAUUUGUGUUGUUGAUGGUACUAUUUACAAAUUUGAGUUUGUUUUGAGUGUUCAAUUUUAUAAUUUUUAGUUUAAUCAAUAGAUUUUUUUUAUAUUCUGGGUGUCGGUAACAGAUUCAUCAUAGUUUAAAAAGAUAUAAAGUACAAUGACAGUUCGAGAAUAAGUCGAAUGAAAGAGAGGUUAGAUGAUAGCACAGCAACAAAUCUCAAAAAUGUGGAUACAAAAAUAAAAUUCUAAUACCUUCCAUUCUAUAUUAAUAUUUUCAAUCUGUAGCACAACAUAGAAGAGUCGCAUUUACGGGCGCUGUAAUUGUCAUUGGACUUUCUUGCUUAUUUCCUUACAUUUUAAUCGAAAGAAAAAACAUGAUAAAAUAUAUUAAACAUUUCCACUUUAUGGAUUCAAUACGAAAUUUUGCAUUUCAUUUCGGUUUUGCUUUCUGAUUCAAUAAAAGUUUUCUACGUUUGAUUUUACUUUUCUUUUUUUGUUUCCAAUAUUAAUUUAAAAAUCUUCAACCUAACAUUUACAACUAUUAAAAACAGCAAAAUCAGGAAAAUCAUGGAUAUUUAACAACACAAGAGGGUUAUGAAAAAAAGUAAAAGUUUAUGAAGAUAUUUCAAGCCUAUAUAUGUAUACAUUGUAACCGUACAUUAGACGUAAUGUUUGUUUAACUAUACACAUCAACCACGUAGAGAUAGUACAAUAAAGCGAAAUUUAUAAUCAAUAGUUAUGUAAUGCAAGCAAA